UUCUUUUUACGGCCCUCACGGCUCCAGGGAACUUCUCUGCUUCGCGAGAAGCUCGUUCGUGACCUCAUUCGGCAAACAGGUUUUCUCCUUUCUCCUGUUGCUUCGUCCCGGACGGAGGACGUCCGUCUGCGCGACUGUUUCCCCGAGUGGAUGGACCCCUGCUGAGUGGAUCCCUGCCGUGCCUCUUAAAUCCACCACAGGAGCUUUGGAGGGACUCAGAAGGACGAAGCUGUACACAAACAUUGGGAGGAUUUGAACAUUGAGUUCACGUUCACAAGGAUUCCUUCUGUUAACAAUCAGAGGAGAAAACAAGCCUUGUUUCUCAACCACGAGGACCUGGCAGUUUGAGGUGGACUCUCUCUGGCGUCAACCACAAUGGAGCUUCAGAAAAUGAAUGGACACAGCAGAGACGAUGGGUUUGACGGUUUGGAUGCGUUGGCCGAACACGACGAGUUUCUCCCACAUAAACCUGGCGUCAAGAGAGAAAGCCGCUUUACAGACUUCGAGGGAAAGACUUCUUUUGGCAUGUCCAUCUUUAAUCUGAGUAACGCCAUUAUGGGCAGUGGAAUUCUGGGACUGGCUUUUGCGAUGGCCAACACUGGAAUCAUUCUUUUUCUAAUCCUGUUGGUAUCCAUUGCCAUUCUGUCGGCGUAUUCCAUUCAUCUCCUGCUGAGAAGUGCUGGGGUUGUUGGCAUCCGGGCUUAUGAGCAGCUCGGGAAUCGGGCCUUUGGGGCCCCGGGAAAAAUGCUGGCCGCUUGCAUCAUCACAGUCCACAACAUUGGAGCGAUGUCCAGCUACCUCUUCAUCGUCAAGUCGGAGCUGCCCCUGGUCAUCGAAGCUUUCCUCGGUAUACCCAAAGACACGGGAGAGUGGUUCGUGAAUGGAAACUACUUGAUCAUGAUUGUUAGUGCUGGCAUCAUCCUUCCUCUGGCACUCAUGAAACACCUCGGUUACUUGGGCUACACGAGUGGCUUCUCCCUGUCCUGCAUGGUAUUUUUCCUCAUCUCGGUCGUCUACAAGAAAUUCAACACGCCGUGUCCACUGGAGGAUGACCAUCACAACGUCACUCCCGCUGCUCUUGAUCACGCUGUCCUUAACGCGACCUGUGAGGCCAAACUGUUCACCCUCAACCCACAAACGGCGUACACCAUCCCCAUUCUGGCGUUUGCUUUCGUCUGCCACCCGGAGGUGCUCCCGAUCUACACUGAGCUACGAGAUGCCACCAAGAAACGGAUGCAGAGCGUCGCCAACGUCUCCAUCCUGGCGAUGUUCCUCAUGUACCUGCUCACGGCUCUUUUUGGUUACCUGACCUUUUAUGAUCGGGUGGAGUCCGAGCUGUUGCACACCUACAGCCAGGGGGGCUCGCUGGACGUCCUGCUGCUGUGCGUGCGCGUGGCCGUGCUGGUGGCCGUCACCCUGACCGUCCCCGUGGUCCUCUUCCCGAUCCGCAGGGCUUUGCUCCAGAUCUUGUUCCCUGAAAAACCGUUCAGCUGGUUGGUCCACAUCGGCAUUGCCUUUGGCCUCAUCUUUGUGGUCAACAUACUGGUGAUCUCCGUGCCCUCCAUCCAAGACAUCUUUGGCCUCAUCGGAGCCACAUCUGCCCCCAGCCUGAUCUUCAUCCUACCGGGAAUCUUCUACAUCCGCAUCGUUCCCGAAGACCAGGAGCCACUUCGGUCCAGACCCAAAAUUCAGGCCGCCUGCUUUGCUGCCCUGGGAGUCAUCUUCAUGAUCAUGAGCCUGUCGUUCAUCAUUAUCGCCUGGGUGACCGGGGCGUCUCGGAACAAAGGCGGCCACUAGCAGCAGAGGCCCAAGCAACAGAAAGCCAACCGAAGCUCUCCCUGUGAGCGCGGUACCACUCACCUGUUCGCCCCAAAGCCAAAAGGGGAGAGCUUGGUUGCACCAAGACGAAGAAUACGAAUGACGAACCUUCGACAACAAACGACAAAAAGACAGCAUUUUGACAUGAUAUGAGGAGGACACAGCGACGGCUGAAUGAAACCCUCGUCACGCCUCACAUAGUCACCAUGUUGUUUGGAGGCACGCGUAGAAAUGCAAAAGACAGCAAAAAAAAGAUGAAUGGGAACGACGUGACUCAAACGGAAAUCCCAUUUUAGAGUAUGGAUGUGUACGGUUCCCUUGGAAUAACUCAGUCACUGCCAAAGUCUUCCAAUCUACUUCCCCAACAACUCACAUCUUACGGGGACAGAAUUUUCAAUAAACUUCACAGAUUCACUCUUGGGUUUGACCCGCGAGGGUUUGGGCCUGCAGCUCCACACUAAGCGUUACUGUGCCCUAAAGCGCAGCAUUUCAUGACGUUUACAUGGAGUUCGAGCAACGUUACUGAUGUGAAUUUUGUGUUGUAUAUAUAUAUAUUCUGACAAUAACUUGACUGUUGUGGAAGUGAUUUCGCUGUUUAAAUAAUCCAACGGACACGGUGCAAUUGGGCUUUUGUCUGGCCGCUGCUCACAAAGGUCAAACACAGAGUCGCCUGUGAAUCAACAUGGAGGUUGUUUGUACGAUUCUUUUUUAUGGUCGUAAAAAGAAGUAUUUUCUUUCAAACCAAAGAAUAUAAUAUUGCAUCUCAUCAAAACGGGGUCUAGAACCCUAUUUUCUUUUUUUUUUACAAUGUCUAGCAAAGGCCAUUAAAAAAUGUGAAAUGUUAGUGUGUUAGCAGUGUCAUAAACUGUUCCAUUCUGUGAUCAAUGGGUUUUAAGGUGUUCAAGUGGAGUUUGUCUUUUAAAAAUUUGACCAAAAAAAUAUUCGGACUUUCCUUGUUCAUCCUGUAAAUGUUUAAGUUAACAUGAGCGUUGCUCUCUGUCAAUAAAACACGUCUUUUGUUUGUUACAAAA